AUGAUUCGGAUCAGACUUGCAAGGGUGCUGCUGGCCUGGACCCUCGUCUUGCCAGGGACCCUCUGCACAGAAAUGACUGGUGACCAGCCAAGGAUGGCCCGAUGCAGCUUUUUUGGAGGUGACUUCAUCAACACCUUUGAUGGAAGCCUGUAUAGCUUUGCUGGAGACUGCAGCUACCUGCUGGCAGGGGACUGCCAGGAACGCUCCUUCUCACUGCUCGGGAACUUCCAAAAUGGCCAGAGAGUGGGCCUCUCUGUGUAUCUGGGCGAGUUUUUCGACGUGCAUUUGUUUGUCAAUGGCACGGCCAUGCAGGGUGACCAAAGAGUCUCCUUGCCCUAUGCCUCCAAUGGGCUGUAUCUGGAAACUGAAGCUGGGUAUCACAAGCUGGCCAGCGAGGCAUACGGCUUUACGGCCAGAGUGGACGGCGAUGGCAACUUGGAAGUGCUACUGUCAGACAAAUACUUCAACAAGACCUGUGGGCUGUGUGGCAACUACAACAUCUUUGCUGAAGACGACUUCAGGACCCAAGAGGGGACCCUGACAUCAGACCCCUAUGACUUUGCCAACUCCUGGGCUCUGAGCAGUGGGGAACAGCGCUGCCAGCGGGCAUCCCUUCCCAGCCUCCCGUGUAACAGCUCUUUUGGGGGAAUGCAGGCCUUGUGGGAUCAAUGCCAGCUACUGAAGAGCACCUCGGCCUUUGCCCGCUGCCACCCUCUGGUGGAUCCCCAGCCUUUUGUGGCCCUGUGUGAGACGAUGGCAUGCACCUGCACCCAGGGGCCGGCCUGCUCGUGCCCUGUCCUCUUGGAGUAUGCCCGCACCUGUGCCCAGGAGGGCAUGCUGCUGCAUGGAUGGCCCCACCAAAGCACGUGCCGCCCAGUUUGCCCUGCUGGCAUGGAGUACAAGGAGUGUGUGUCGCCUUGCACCAGAACCUGCCAGAGCCUACACAUCCGGGAAGUGUGUCCGGAGCGGUGCGUGGACGGCUGCAGCUGCCCCGAGGGACAGGUCCUCGAUGGAGAACGCUGUGUGGAGCGUGCCGAGUGUCCCUGUGUGCAUUCUGGGAAACGGUAUCCUCCCGGGGCCUCCCUCACUCGCGACUGCAACACCUGCAUCUGCCGCAACAGCCAGUGGAUCUGCAGCAAUGAAGAAUGCCCAGGGGAAUGUCUGGUCACUGGCCAGUCCCACUUCAAGAGCUUCGACAACAGGUAUUUUACCUUCAGCGGCAUCUGCCAGUACCUGCUGGCCCGGGACUGCUGGGACCACUCCUUCUCCGUCAUCAUAGAGACGGUGCAGUGCGCUGAUGACCCCGAUGCCGUGUGCACCCGCUCUGUCGCCGCCCGGCUGGAUGCCCCGCUUCACGGUGGCCUGGUGAAGCUGAAGCACGGAGGUGGCGUCGCCAUGGACGGCCGGGACAUUCAGGUCCCCUUCUUACAAGGUGACCUUCGCAUUGAGCACACGGUGACGGGCUCUGUGCGCCUCAGCUACGGCGAGGACCUGCAGAUGGACUGGGAUGGCCGAGGGAGGUUGCUGCUGAAGCUGUCUCCAGUUUACGCCGGAAGGACGUGUGGCUUGUGCGGGAACUUCAACGGUGACAGGGGCGACGACUUCCUGUCCCCCGCGGGCCUGGUGGAGUCCUUGGUGGAAGACUUUGGCAACGCUUGGAAGCUGCACCCCGACUGCCCGGACCUGAGGAAGCAGCACGCGGACCCCUGCAGCCGCAACCCGCGCCAGGCCAGGUUCGCGGAGGAGGCAUGCACGCUCCUGACGUCCUCCAAGUUUGAGGCCUGCCACCCGGCCGUCAGUCCGCUGCCCUACCUGCGCAACUGCCGCUACGACGUGUGUGCCUGCCCCGAUGGCAAGGAGUGUCUGUGCGGCGCCCUGGCCAGCUACGCUGCUGCCUGCGCUCGGAGAGGCGUGCAAGUGGCGUGGCGUGAGCCCAGCUUCUGCGCCCUCAGCUGCCCAGUGGGCCAAGAGUACCAGCAGUGUGGGACGCCCUGCAACCUGACCUGCCGCUCUCUCUCCCACCCGGACGAGGAGUGCAAUGAGGGCUGCCUGGAGGGCUGCUUCUGUCCCCCGGGGCUGUACCAGGAGGAGAGCGGGCAGUGUGUGCCCAAGGCUCAGUGCCCCUGUUACUACGAUGGCGAGACCUUCCGGCCUGGAGACGUCUUCUCCGAUCUUCAUACCAUGUGCUACUGUGAGGAUGGCUUCAUGCACUGCACCUCGAGCGGAGCCCCCGGGAACCUGCUGCCCCCUGCCGCCAUCGCCCCCUCACACCGCAGCAAACGGAGCCUGUACUGCCGCCCUCCCAUGGUCAAGUUCGUGUGUCCUGCCGACAACCCACGCGCCCAGGGCCUGGAGUGUGCCAAGACGUGUCAAAAUUAUGACUUGGAGUGCAUGAGCAGCGGCUGUGUCUCAGGCUGCCUCUGUCCCCCAGGCAUGGUCCGGCAUGAGAACAAAUGUGUUGACCUGGAGAGGUGUCCCUGCUUCCACCAGGGUCGGGAGUACGCCCCUGGGGAGACGGUGAAAAUGAACUGCAACACCUGUGUCUGUCGAGACCGGAAGUGGAACUGCACGACCCGUGUGUGCGAUGCCACGUGCUCCACCAUCGGCAUGGCUCACUACCUCACUUUUGACGGGCUCAAGUACAUGUUUCCGGGGGAGUGCCAGUACGUCCUGGCGCAGGAUUACUGUGGAGGGAACUCUGGCACCUUUCGGAUCCUGGUGGGGAAUGAGGGCUGUGGCUACCCCUCAGUGGCAUGCAAGAAGCGGGUCACCAUCCUGGUGGAAGGAGCAGAGAUAGAGCUGUUUAAUGGGGAGGUGAAUGUGAAGAGUCCUCUGAAGGACGAGACACACUUUGAGGUGAUAGAGUCGGGCCGCUAUGUUCUCCUGCUGCUGGGCAGGGCCCUGAGUGUGGUAUGGGAUCGCCGCCUGGGCGUCUCCGUGGUCCUGAAAGAGACAUACCAGGAGCAAGUGUGUGGGCUGUGUGGGAAUUUUGACGGUGUCCAGAACAACGACUUUACCAGCAGUAACCUCCAAGUGGAGGAAGACCCCGUAGACUUUGGCAAUUCCUGGAAGGUGAACCCACAGUGCGCGGACACCAGGAAGGUGCUGUUGGAGUUGUCUCCUGCCACCUGCCGGGACAACGUGGUGAAGCAGACGAUGGUAGAUUCCUCCUGUAGGAUUCUUACCAGUGAUGUUUUCCAAGGCUGCAACAAACUGGUAGACCCGGAGCCGUUCCUGGAUGUUUGCAUCUACGACACCUGCUCUUGUGAGUCCAUUGGCGACUGUGUGUGCUUCUGUGACACCAUUGCUGCCUACGCCCACGUGUGUGCCCAGCAUGGGGAGGUGGUGAACUGGAGGACCGCCACCUUGUGCCCUCAGAGCUGCGAGGAGAGGAACAUCCGGGAGAGCGGGUAUGAGUGCGAGUGGCGCUACAACAGCUGUGCGCCCGCCUGCCCUGUCACGUGCCAGCACCCCGAGCCGCUGCCAUGCCCUGUGCAGUGCGUGGAGGGCUGCCACGCACACUGCCCUCCAGGGAAAAUCCUGGAUGAACUGCUGCAGACCUGCAUCGAGCCCCAGGACUGCCCCGUGUGUGAGGUGGCUGGUCGGCGUCUGGCCUCAGGAAAGACCAUCACCUUGAACCCCGGCGACCCUGCUCACUGCCAGAUUUGUCACUGUGACAGUGUCAACCUCACCUGUGAGGCCUGCCAGGAGCCGGGAGGCUUGGUGGUGCCCCCUACAGAUGUCCCAGCCAGACCCACCACUCCGUAUGUGGAAGACACCCCGGAGCCGCCGCUACACAACUUCUACUGCAGCAAACUGCUGGAUCUGGUCUUCCUGCUGGAUGGCUCCUCCCAGCUGUCGGAGGCCGAGUUUGAGGUGCUGAAGGCUUUCGUGGUGAGCAUGAUGGAGCGGCUGCACAUCUCGCAGAAGCACAUCCGUGUGGCUGUGGUGGAGUUCCACGACGGUUCCCACGCCUACAUUAGCCUCAAGGACCGCAAGCGACCCUCUGAGCUGCGCCGCAUCGCCAGCCAGGUCAAGUAUGCGGGCAGUCAGGUGGCCUCCACCAGCGAGGUCCUCAAGUACACGCUGUUCCAGAUCUUCAGCAAGGUGGACCGGCCCGAGGCCUCCCGUGUCAUCCUGCUCCUGUCCGCCAGCCAGGAGCCGCCGCGGAUGGCCCGCAACCUGAUCCGCUAUGUCCAAGGCCUGAAGAAGAAAAAAGUCACUGUGAUCCCUGUGGGCAUCGGGCCGCACGUCAGCCUCAAGCAGAUCCGCCUCAUUGAGAAUCAGGCCCUGGAGAACAAGGCCUUCGUACUCAGCGGGGUGGACGAGCUGGAGCAGCGGAGGGAUGAGAUCAUCAAUUACCUGUGUGACCUGGCUCCCGAAGCCCCCGGUGCCACUCAGCGGCCGCCCGUGGCCAAGGUCACCGCCAGUCCAGGGCAAUUGGAGACGACAGCCCUGGUGUCCAAGCGGAAGGCCAUGGUUCUGGAUGUGGUGUUUGUUUUGGAAGGAUCAGACCAAAUCGGGGAAGCCAACUUCAACAGGAGCAAGGAGUUCGUGGAGGAGGUGAUCCGGCGCAUGGAUGUGGGCCCAGGCAGCGUCCAUGUCACUGUGCUGCAGUACUCCUAUGUGGUCACCGUGGAGCACACCUUCAGCGAGACCCAGUCCAAGGCUGACCUCCUUCAGCAGGUGCGAGAAAUCCGCUACCGGGGUGGCAACACGACCAACACCGGGCUGGCGUUGCAGUACGUCUCCGAGCACAGCUUCUCCACCAGCCAGGGGGACCGGGAGCAAGCCCCCAACCUGGUCUAUAUGGUCACCGGGAAUCCUGCUUCCGACAAGAUCAAGCGGCUGCCGGGAGACAUCCAGCUGGUGCCCAUUGGAGUGGGCCCCCACGCCGACGUGCAGGAGCUGGAGAGGCUCGCCUGGCCCAAUGCCCCCAUCCUCAUCCAGGACUUUGACAGGCUCCCCCGAGAGGCCCCGGACCUGGUGCUACAGCGGCCCACCCUAGCUGCUUACUGCUGUGCCCAGCAGCCUCCAUCAGCAGCUUUGUGCUCACCUCCCCGGGGCCCUCUUGCAGACUGCAGCCAGCCCCUGGAUGUGGUCCUUCUCCUGGAUGGCUCCUCUGGCUCGCCACCUUCACACUUUAAUGAAAUGAAGAGUUUUGCCAAGGCUUUCAUCUCCAAAGCCAAUCUGGGGCCUCAUCUCACUCGUGUGUCUGUGCUGCAGUAUGGGAGCAUCACCACCAUCGACGUGCCAUGGACUGUGGCCCAGGACAAAACCAACCUGCUGAACCUUGUGGACCUCAUGCAGCGCGAGGGCGGCCCCAGCCAGAUUGGGGAUGCACUGGGCUUUGCAGUACGAUACGUCACUUCACAAGUGCAUGGAGCCAGGCCCGGAGCCUCGAAAGCGGUGGUGGUCCUUGUUACAGAUGUCUCUGUGGACUCAGUGGAUGCAGCUGCCGCCGCCGCUAGGUCCAACCGGGUGGCAGUAUUCCCCAUUGCUAUUGGGGAUCGGUAUGACGAUGCCCAGCUGAGCACCCUGGCAGGCCCCGAGGCUGGCUCCAACGUGGUGAAGCUCCAACGUGUGGAAGACCUCCCUUCCAUGGUCACCCUGGGCAAUUCCUUCUUCCACCAACUGUGCUCCGGGUUCGUUAGAGUUUGUACGGAUGAGGAUGGGAAUGAGAAGAGGCCUGGCGAUGUGUGGGAUUUAUCAGACCAGUGCCACACAGUGACAUGCCUGCCAGAUGGCCAGACCUUGCUGAGAAGUCAUCGGGUCAACUGUGACCAGGGGCUCAGACCGUCCUGCCCCAACAGCCAGUCGCCUAUUCGGGUGGAAGAGACCUGUGGCUGCCGCUGGACCUGUCCCUGUGUGUGCAUGGGCAGCUCCACACGGCACAUCGUGACGUUUGAUGGGCAGAAUUUUAAGCUGACUGGUAGCUGCUCCUAUGUCCUAUUUCAAAACAAGGAGCAGGAUCUGGAGGUGGUUCUUCGUAAUGGUGCCUGCAGCCCUGGGACACGCCCGACCUGCAUGAAAUCCAUUGAAGUGAAGCAUGGUGCCCUGGCCAUUGAGCUCCACAGCGACAUGGAGGUGACAGUGAAUGGAAAACUGGUGCCUGUCCCAUACACGGGUGGGAACGUAGAAGCCAGUGUCUAUGGUGCCAUCAUGCAUGAAGUCAGACUCAAUGAUCUUGGCCACAUCUUCACGUUCACUCCACAAAACAAUGAGUUCCAGCUGCAGCUCAGCCCCAAGACCUUUGCUGCCAAGACGUAUGGUCUGUGUGGCACUUGUGAUGAGAAUGGGGCCAAUGACUUCAUGCUGAAUGACGGGACAGUGACCACGGACCUGCCACGGCUUAUCCAGGAAUGGACAGUGCAGCAGCCAGGGCAGACGUGUCAGCCCAUUCCCGAGGAGCAGUGUCCUGUCUCUGCCAGCUCCCGCUGCCAGCUCCUCCUUUCGGCACAGUUUGCUGAGUGCCACAAGGUCCUCGAUCCGGCCACGUUCUAUGCCAUCUGCCAGCAGGACAGUUGCAACCGAGAGCAAGUGUGCGAGGUGGUUGCCUCUUACGCCCACCUCUGCCGCACCAAUGGGGUCUGUGUUAACUGGAGGACACCUGAUUUUUGUGCCAUGUCCUGUCCAUCCUCCCUGGUGUACAGCCACUGUGAACGUGGCUGCCCGAAGCACUGUGAUGGCAACGUGAGCUCCUGUGGGGAGCACCCCAUGGAAGGCUGCUUCUGCCCCCAGCGCCAGCUCAUGCUGGGAGGCACCUGUGUCCCGGAGGAGGCCUGCACUCAGUGUGUGGAUGAGGGUGGAGUUCGGCGACAGUUCCUAGAGACCUGGGUCCCUGACCACCAGCCCUGCCAGCUCUGCUCGUGUCUCAGCGGCAGGAAGGUCAACUGUACCUCACAACCCUGCCCCACUGCCAAAGCUCCCACGUGUGGCCCAUGCGAAGUGGCCCGGCUCCACCAGAGCACCCACCAAUGCUGUCCGGAGUACGAGUGUGUGUGUGACCUUAUGAAUUGUGUCCUGCCUCCGGUGCCUCCCUGUGAAGAUGGACUGAAGGUGACACUGACCAAUCCAGGCGAAUGCAGACCCAACUUCACCUGCACCUGCCGGAAGGAGGAGUGUGAAAGGAUGUCCCCACCCUCGUGUCCCCCCCACCGGACACCAGCCCUGCGGAAGACCCUGUGCUGUGAUGACUAUGAGUGUGUUUGCAACUGUGCCAACUCCACGGUGAGCUGUCCGCUCGGGUACCUGGCCUCCACCACCACCAACGACUGUGGCUGCAUCACCACCACCUGCCUCCCUGAUAAGGUGUGUGUCCACCAUGGUACCAUUUACCCUGUGGGCCAGUUCUGGGAGGAGGGCUGUGAUAUGUGCACCUGCACGGACAUGGAGGAUACAGUGAUGGGCCUGCGUGUGGCUCAGUGUGCACCAAAGCCAUGUGAAGAGAGCUGUCGGACGGGUUUCACCUACGUGCUGCAUGACGGAGAAUGCUGUGGGCGGUGUCUGCCCUCUGCCUGCGAGGUGGCAGCAGGCUCAUCGCGAGGAGACUCUCAGUCUUCCUGGAAAAGUGUGGGCUCUCGCUGGGCCUCCCCUGAGGACCCCUGCCUCAUCAAUGAGUGUGUCAGAGUGAAGGAGGAGGUGUUUGUGCAGCAGAGGAACGUCUCCUGCCCCCAGCUGGACUUCCCUACAUGCCCCGUGGGCUUCCAGCAGAGUUGUAAGACUUUGGAAUGCUGUCCCAGCUGUCGCUGUGUGCCCGUGGAGGCGUGUAUUCUCAAUGGUACCAUCAUCGCGCCCGGGAAAAGCGUGAUGAUUGAUGUGUGCACCACGUGCCGCUGCGCUGUGCAGCUAGGGCCUGUCUCCGGGUUCAAGCUGGAGUGCAGGAAGACCACAUGCGAGGCCUGCCCCCUGGGCUACAAGGAAGAAAAGAGCCAAGGUGAAUGCUGUGGGAGAUGUCUGCCUACAGGCUGCACCAUUCAGCUGCGAGGAGGACAGAUCAUGACGUUGAAGCGUGGGGAGACAUUUCAGGAUGGCUGUGACAGUCACUUCUGCAAGGUCAAUGACAGAGGAGAGUUCACCUGGGAGAAGAGGAUCACGGGCUGCCCACCUUUUGAUGAACACAGAUGUCUGGCGGAAGGAGGGAAAAUCGUGAAAAUUCCAGGAACCUGCUGUGACACAUGUGAGGAGCCUGACUGUAAGGACAUCUCUGCCAGGCUGCAGUAUGUCAAAGUGGGAGAGUGUAAGUCCCGAGAGCAGGUGGACAUCCAUUACUGCGAGGGCAAAUGUGCCAGCAAAGCUGUGUACUCCAUUGAUAUUGAAGAAGUGCAGGACCAGUGCUCCUGCUGCUCGCCAACACGGACUGAGCCAGUGCGGGUGCCUCUGUACUGCACCAAUGGCUCGCUUGUGUACCAUGACGUCCUCAAUGCCAUGCAGUGCAAGUGCUCUCCCCGGAAGUGCACCAAGUGAGACCCACCACAGGGGAUGCCUGCUGCUGCUGCCUGCCUUGUGCCCGAAUAGCCAGAGUGUUGUUAAUCUCUGUGCAUUCUGUUCUGGUGCCCUCCCCGGGCCCACAAUAAAUGUCAAGCUUCAUGUU